UCUUUUUUGUACUUCCCAUGUCUAGAUUCUGUCUCUUUCUCUCUGCAAACUCUCACAAGUCACAAGACAAAGAGAGAAGAAGAAGAGAAUCAAUGGCUGGUUGCUUCAGCUACGUUUCUUCCCGUAACAAAUGUUACCAAUACAGCUUCUCUAGCGCCGGUCUCCGAUCAUCAACCUCCGAUCUUGGAGACGGCACCGUCGUCCACUGCUGGGUCCCUCUGACUCACGUCGACGCCAAGCCCACUCUCCUCCUCCUCCACGGGAUCGGAGCCAACGCCAUGUGGCAGUGGGACCGGUUCAUCGACCGGUUUAUCCCCCGGUUCAACGUCUACGUGCCUGACCUCGUCUUCUUCGGCGACUCGCACACGACUCGGCCCGACCGGUCCGAAUCGUUCCAGGCGAGCUGCGUCAUGAAGGUGAUGGACUCUCACGGCGUUGGGACCAUGACUGUUGCCGGGCUCAGCUACGGAGGGUUCGUGGCGUACUCAAUGGCGGCGCAGUUUAAGGAGAGGAUAGAUCGGGUGGUGCUAAUAUGCGCCGGGGUGGCGCUGGAGGAGAAAGACGUGGAGGAUGGGAUGUUUAAAGUGAAGAGCGCGGAGGAGGCGGCAGACUUGUUGUUUCCUCAGUCUCCGUCGAUGCUCAGGCGACUUCUCCAGUUAUCUUUCUACAAACCUCCGGUUUGGAUCCCUUCUUGCUUUGCCAUGGACUACAUUCAUGUGAUGUGUAGAGAUAAUCUUCAAGAAAGGAAAGAACUUGUGGAAGCUCUACAUAAAGGUAGAAGAUUUGCAGAUCUUCCCAAGAUAACACAGCCUACAUUGAUGAUAUGGGGAGAGGAAGAUCAAGUAUUCCCAGUGGAAUUAGCACACAGAUUGAAAAGACAUUUUGGGGAAAACAGAGCACAACUAGUGCUACUAAAGAAAACAGGACAUGCGAUUAAUGAAGAGAGACCAAAGGAGAUGUACAAACACAUCAAGUCUUUUCUUUGCACAGACGCAAUGAUUCCUACUAAUGACAACGCCAAGACACUCGCGUUAGCAAGCUUGAUAUCUCCAGUCAAGUUCAACAAGUGAUGUUAUUAAGCGCCGCUCAUCUUCUCCCUUAAUCAUGUCACUAAAGUGUUUUAUUAUCUUUGCUACUGUUAAGACAUUUCUUCUUGUCGGAACUAAGAAUACUUUUUUUUAUAUCAAGAAAGGAAAAGAUCCGAUAA